UUUUCCACAGCUGGCCAGAGUUUCUCUCCUUUCUCUGUCUGCUUUCGAGAGGUAUUCAGCAAACCGCAGGUUGUUAUCGCGUAGGAAAGUAGAUUUCUUGGCUGCUUUCCAAAUGGCAUCCCUGUAGAUCCGUGAUGUGAACUGUAGAAUGACACCUCUGGGCUUGGAGUCACCCUGCCUUCUCGUGCCGAGGCGAUGUACAAUGRCGACAACAUCUGCUAGCUUAGCCUUCUCCACGGGUAGGAUAGCUUGGUAGACUUUGAUGGUCUCUUGCCGCACGUUCUCCCCAUCUGCCUUGGGAACUCCAUACAGUCUCAGAUUCCACUGUCUGGAGUAGCUUUCGAGUUCUGCGAUUCUUCUUUGGCACAAGUUCUUCUUUCCCUCCUCCUUUUCGACACUCUUUUCGAWGUGGGCGACCUUCUUCUUAACAUCCUUGAUUUCCAUGCAUGCAAAGUCAACWGUUUUUUUUAAGACCUCCAUUUUCAUUGCGUUGUCACCAACCAUUUUCUCUAUCUCAUCGGACCUUGCAUUGAUGAGCCUGGAAAGAGUGGCGAUAACAUAAUUAUUUGCAGUGGCAUCUGGGCUCAGUUCAAACAUGCCUUUUUUGAAAGCUGAAGGUUUGCUUGGGGUUAUAGGCAAAGAAGYAAAAUCCUCGUCUGACACGAUGGAUCUGAGGCUACUUUCAAUAGCAACAUUAUUAGGAAUCCUAUGUUUCUGCAGUGCACAGCAAGAGGGCAGUGAUUGCAUCAAGGCCAAUGCACAAUCAUGUGGGGAAUGCAUCCAGGUGGCAGAGAAAUGUGGAUGGUGUACAGACACUGACUUCCUGAAGCAGGGAGAGUCUAAGUCAGCACGCUGUGAUGAGCUACAGUCCCUGAUCACGAAGGGCUGCACUAAGGCCAAGAUUGAGAACCCCCGGGGCAGCACCUCCAUCACCAAGAACAAGCCUGUCACCAACCGCAAGAAGGACAUGGCAGAGAAGCUAAAGGCUGACCAGAUCACUCAGAUCCAGCCUCAGAAACUCACCCUCAACCUCCGAUCCGGUGAGGCCCAGACCGUUAAGUUGAAGUUCAAGAGGGCAGAGGACUACCCCAUCGACCUCUACUACUUGAUGGAUCUCUCCUUCUCCAUGAAAGACGAUUUGGAGAACGUCAAGAAUCUGGGGACUGACCUGAUGCGUGAGAUGAAGGAGGUCACCUCAGACUUCAAGAUCGGUUUCGGCUCCUUUGUGGAGAAGACGGUGAUGCCAUACAUCAGCACUACCCCAGCCAGACUGCUGAACCCCUGCACCAACACCAACGACACCUGCACCAGCCCCUUCAGCUAUAAGAACGUGCUGAAGCUGACUGAGAACGGGGAGGAGUUCAACAACCUGGUCAGUAAGCAGCAGAUCUCUGGAAACCUGGACUCCCCUGAGGGAGGAUUCGAUGCCAUCAUGCAGGUGGCCGUCUGUGGGGUGGACUAUCCCUCCAUUGCCCAUUUGGUCCAGAAACUGAGCGACAACAACAUUCAGACCAUUUUUGCUGUUACUGAGGAAUUCCAGCCUGUUUACAGAGAACUGAAGAACCUCAUCCCCAAGUCUGCAGUAGGAACUCUGUCCUCCAACUCCAGCAACGUCAUCAAGCUCAUUAUCGAUUCUUACAACUCUCUGUCAUCUGAAGUCAUUCUGGAAAACGGCAAGCUGCCUGAAGGUGUAUCCAUAACAUACAAGUCCAUCUGCAAGAACGGUUGGGUAGGAACAGGAGAGAAUGGAAGAAAAUGCUCUAACAUCUCCAUUGGAGAUGAGGUGUCCUUUGAGAUUGCCAUCAAGUCCGAGAAGUGUCCGCCUCAAGGCAAGUCCGAGACCAUUACAAUCAAGCCCCUGGGUUUUACUGAGAAUGUGGAGAUCGUCCUCAACUUCAUCUGCGAAUGUGAAUGUUCCAAAGAUGGAAAACCUCUCAGCGAGAUGUGCCACAAUGGCAACGGGACCUUUGAGUGUGGAGCCUGCAGGUGCAACGAGGGCCGUAUUGGCAGACUGUGUGAGUGCAGUACAGACGAGGUGAGGACGGACGACCUGGACGCUAACUGUCGGAAGGACAACGGUACAGACAUCUGCAGCAACAACGGAGACUGUGUGUGUGGAACCUGUGAGUGUAAAAAGAGAGAGAACCCAGAAGAACGUUACAGUGGGAAGUUCUGCGAGUGUGACAACUUCAACUGUGACCGCUCCAACAACAAACUCUGCGGAGGACAUGGACGUUGUGAGUGCAGGGUGUGUAUCUGUGAUGCCAACUACACGGGCAGCGCCUGCGACUGUUCCCUGGACACCUCCACCUGCCUAGCAGCCAACAAGCAGAUAUGUAAUGGCCGGGGCACCUGCGAGUGUGGCGUCUGCAAGUGCACCAACCCCAAGUUCCAGGGUCCCACCUGUGAGAUCUGCCCCACUUGCCCCGGAGUCUGCGCUGAGCACAAGGACUGUGUUCAGUGCCGGGCCUUUGAGACAGGAGAGAAGAAGGACACGUGUGAGAGGGACUGCAGCUACUUCAACCUGAUCAGAGUGAAGGACCGGGAUCAGCUGCCCCAGCCAGCCGACCAGUCCUACCCCCUAUCCCACUGUAAGGAGAGGGACGCCAACGACUGCUGGUUCUACUACACCUACGCCGUCAGGAACCACACAGAGAGGGAGGUCUACGUGGUCGACACUCUGGAGUGCCCAGCGGGUCCUGACAUCAUCCCCAUCGUGGCUGGCGUGGUGGCCGGCAUCGUGCUGAUCGGCCUGGCCCUCCUUCUCAUCUGGAAGCUGCUCAUGAUCAUCCAUGACCGCAGGGAGUUUGCCAAGUUCGAGAAGGAGAAAAUGAACGCGAAGUGGGACACGGGAGUGAAUCCCAUCUACAAGAGUGCCGUAACAACUGUUUUCAAUCCAAAAUACGAGGGCAAAUGAUGGAGCUUCCUCUGUCAUUACAACACUGUAUGCAAAAGAAUAUGGAAGGAGGGGUGUUUUAUMUUCACUUUGGUUUUUUAGUUGCCAAAUGAUAGCAGUGCAUUUUGACACUAUUUCAGUAUAUUUUACUAACUGCUUUUUCUAUGCAUUGUUUGAAUUGUACAGUAUGUAUAAACUUGGGUUUUACCUUGUUUGGGGAACUUGAGAGAGUCCUUUAAAACUGAAUUUUUGCCACUGGAAUGGUAGGGUCAUUGAAGGUGUGGUUGUGCCUUUCAAAGAACCGUGGAGCCAUUCUUUCUGUUUUGAGGGUGAAAUUGGAUGUCGAUAUAGGACAAGAUAUGUAGCGAUAGCUGGCCAUUGGGACAGCAAUAAAUUGUAAUGUGUACAGUUUGUAGGCAAUGGAUUCUGUCUYAGCCAUAUUUUAGUGACAGAAAAGGUCUGGAAGCAAAGGUAUGUUUCUUUUCAAUGACUUUCUUCAACCUGAACAAUCAGUUGAAUAAUUUUUGGGGUUUGUCACGAUAUUUGUGAAUCUUUAUAAAUGAAAUGACAUCAAGUACAGUAGUGGUAUUAUGGGCUCCAGGUUUACAUUUUUUUUGUUUUAAAGUAGACUCAGGUCCCUAUUAAACUCCUCAUUAAUAGCAAUGCCAAAUAAGACACAACUCACUGCCUUCUCGUUUUAAGUGUCUUGUUUCAGUUAAAGWAAUGUAAUUCUGAAUGGGGUUCUGAAUGUUUUUUUACUUGACCUAAAGCCCCAGCUUUCUUUUUUGCUGUCAAAUCAUUCUCACCUUAAUCCUUUUCUAAUUUGAUGGUUUGAUCAAACUCGUCUUCCAUUGAAUAAUGGUGAUUACAUUUCAGUUAUAAACAUCAGUGUUAUGGGAAUGAUGUCAGUCAGAUCUUUGUAAAAUUUCAAACAUCCCACUUAGUUGUAAGAACACGCCGUGCUCUUUGUUUUUAAAGGGUAUUUUUAUUUCAUCAAAUUCACAUUUCGCAAAUAUUUUAUUUCUGAAAUGUUUUAUUAAAGUUCCAAUACAAAUUACCCUAACAUUGCUACAUGCUGCAUGUGUGUGUGUGUUAAUUAUUGUGUCCUUGCUUUAUCUUACUGUUAGAGAGAAUCCAGUGGAAUGUAUCCAAGGUUACAAUGUCCAGGGAAUGUUCAGGGAAUCCAGCGUUCUACUCACUGCCUAUCUUAUGCUACCCACAUGUUUUCUACAGUUAAAGGUCCAAUGCAGCUGUUUUUAUCUCAAUAUCCAAUCAUUUCUGGGUAACAAUUAAGUGAUUGUUUUCAAUUAAAAUGAUCAAAAAGAAACAAAUAGCUUCUUAGCGAAGAGCAAUUUCUCAAGCAAGAAUUGUUAUAGUCUGGGAGUGGUCAAAGUGGGGAAAGGAAGAGGUUUGGAACUCUUUCUUAUUGAUCUAUGAACUAUACUGAAUUAAAAUAUUAAUGCUACAUGUAAAGUGUUGGUCCCAUGUUUCAUGAGCUGAAAUAAAAGAUCCCUGAAAUGUUC